GGGCGCCUGCCCCACAUGUGUCCCCAAAGGACCCACUCGCGCCUCGGCCACAGGUACGCGGCCCUCGGCCCUCCUGCGCGCCCCGCGGUCACGCGUGUCCCCCCGCGCCCCGCCGCGCCGUUCCAUUGGCGGCGGGCGGGGCUGGCCACGCCCCUCCCCGUGACGUCAGGGCUGGCCGGCGGCGCCGCGCCGGGAGGAGUCGCCGCUGCUCCGCGCGGGGCCGGGGCCGGGGCCGCCGCAGCGCCGUCGGUGGGAGUGGGUGGCCCCCGCGGGGCACCAUGCCGCUGGGGCAGGAUGGGCCCAGCUGGAAGAAGAGGACCGAGGACAUUCGGCGCAUCUACGACUUCCGAGAGGUCCUGGGCACCGAUGGUGGCUCUGGCCGGCGGCACCCCUGCCCUGCUCACCCCUCGCCCCCCCAGGGGGGCCUUCUCCGAGGUGGUCCUGGCAGAGGAGAAGGCGACGCAGAAGCUGGUGGCCAUCAAGUGCAUCGCCAAGAAGGCGCUGGAGGGGAAGGAGACCAGCAUCGAGAACGAGAUUGCCGUCCUCCACAAGAUCAAGCACCCCAACAUCGUGGCCUUGGAUGACAUCUAUGAGAGCAGCACCCACCUCUACCUCAUCAUGCAGCUGGUCUCGGGGGGGGAGCUCUUCGACCGCAUCGUGGAGAAGGGCUUCUACACCGAGCGGGAUGCCAGCACCCUGAUCCGGCAGAUCCUUGAUGCUGUCAAGUACCUGCACGACAUGGGCAUCGUCCACCGUGACCUGAAGCCCGAGAACCUGCUCUAUUACAGCGUGGACGAGGACUCCAAGAUCAUGAUCAGUGAUUUUGGGCUGUCAAAGAUUGAGGGCUGCGGCAGCGUCAUGUCCACAGCCUGUGGCACCCCCGGCUACGUGGCCCCUGAGGUGCUGGCACAGAAGCCCUACAGCAAGGCAGUGGAUUGCUGGUCCAUCGGGGUCAUCGCCUACAUCCUGCUCUGCGGGUACCCCCCUUUCUACGAUGAGAACGAUGCGAAGCUCUUCGAGCAGAUCCUGCAGGCUGAGUACGAGUUUGACUCGCCCUACUGGGAUGAUAUCUCGGACUCCGCCAAGGACUUCAUCCAGCACUUGAUGGAGAAGGACCCCGGCAAGCGCUUCACCUGCGAGCAAGCCCUGCAGCAUCCCUGGAUUGCCGGGGACACGGCCCUGGACAAGAACAUCCACCAGUCGGUGAGCGAGCAGAUCAAGAAGAACUUUGCAAAAAGCAAGUGGAAGCAAGCUUUCAACGCCACGGCGGUGGUGAGACACAUGAGGAAGCUGCAGCUGGGAACCAGCCAGGAGGGCCCCGGGCAGAUGACUCCCACCAGCCCCGGCGAGCGGCUUAUGGGGAGCACCAGCAAUGGGUCGGACUGUAGGUGCCUGCCCCUGAGCAGAGCUCAGCGCCUCCCACCGGACUGAGCGUGGCCCCACACGGCCACAUCCUGGGGGGUGGGGGGGCAGGGGGGGGGCCACCCUCCCAUGGGCACAGUGUGAGGUGAGGGGCCCUGCAGUGCUGGAG